AGGUACAUAGCUUUGAGUCAUUGCUGGGGUGAACAACCGCUAUUAACCACGACGGUUGAUAACCUGAGUGAAAGAAAGGGCGGCAUUCAGUGGGAGCUAUUACCAUUGACUUUUCAGCAUGCAAUCCAAAUAUGCGCUGGACUUGGCGUCGAAUACCUUUGGAUCGACUCCUUAUGCAUCCUGCAAGGGAACGAAGAUGACUGGGCGCGAGAGUCAGAGAAGAUGGCCUCGAUAUAUGCCAACUCCUGGCUUACCAUUGCCGCCGCGGCUGCUCGGGAUAGCUCUUAUGGCUGCCUACCGAAGGGAAAUGCAUUCAAGACAUACUUUUUGCCAGCAAAAUCGCCUGAUGGAGCGCCUAGGAGACGGGCAUGGGUGUUCCAGGAACGUAUCCUGGCAAAGCGAGUCUUGUACAUGUGCGAAGACGAAAUGAUGUUUGAAUGUUUCGCAAACAUUCGGUGCGAGUGCUCAGAUAUUGACACCGACUGGUCAAUGUAUUCGACUGGUUGGUCAGUUUUCCUCCCCUUCCGGCCUACGGGUAUCCUCGAAACUUGGGAUUAUCUUGUGCACCACUACGCACGGCGCAAGAUAACGUAUCACCGCGAUCGGCUGCCAGGCUUCGCUGGUAUCGCUAAGAAAAUCUCUGGAACACGGGCUAUGGGGAGGUAUUGUGCAGGCCUCUGGGAAUAUAGGCUCGAGGAGUGUAUGCUCUGGUAUAUUCUCCCCACAACUGAGGAUGUAGUCCCCCUUCCCCCAAUUCGAAAAUCAGACUCUGCUCCCUCAUGGUCAUGGGCGUCAGUGAAUGGA